AUGGGCAACCAAAAGCAGAAGGGUUGUAUGUACCAUUUGAAAGAUGCAAUUCUUGUUGGUGGGAGGCCAUUCAAUAAAGCUUAUGGCAUGAGCGUGUUAGAGUACCGAAGAACUGACACGAGAUUCAACAGCGUCUUCAACAAUGGGAUGUCUAAUCAUUCCACAAUCUUCAUGAAGAAGAUUCUCGAGACCUAUAAGGGUUUUGAUGGCUUGACUUCUGUGGUUGAUGUUGGUGGUGGCAAUUGUGCUACUCUCAAAAUGAUCGUCUACAAGUACCCUAACCUUAGAUGCAUCAAUUUUGAUCUCCCACAUGUCAUCAAAGAUGCUCCUUCGUAUCCCGGUAUUGAGCAUGUUGGAGGAGAUAUGUUUGUAAGUGUCCCCAAAGGUGAUGCCAUGAUCAUGAAGUGGAUAUGCCAUGCUCGGAGCGACGACCAAUGUAUUAAAUUCUUGAAAAACUGUUACCACGCGCUUCCAGAGAAUGGGAAAGUGAUAGUAGUUGAGUGUAUACUUCCAGAGAAUCCAGACUCAAGCCUCUUGACCAAACAAGCACUCCAUGCAGAUUGCAGUAUGAUGGCUCACAGUCCCGGAGGCAUAGAACGGACUGAGAAAGAGUUCGAGGCAUUGGCCAAAGGAUCAGGCUUUUGUGGCAUCAAAGUUGCAUGCAACGCUUUCGGUAUUCACAUCAUUGAGUUGCUCAAGAAGAUUUGA